AUGGGAGACAAGAAAGAUGAGGAAAGGAAAGAAGAAGAUGACCGGCUAGAAUUUUUGUUACAAUAUUUGAUCCGAUCUAGUAAAUUGAAACAAGAUAAAUGGGGUAAAAUGAUAGCAAAUGAAGACCUCAAAGUAAGUUUAUGGUUUUUUAACACUUCAACCGAAAAGAUUUUAAUAAUGCAAGUUGCAACCUCUGGUGUUUUAAUACCAUAUCUUGGUAUUCAACCAGGAAGCAAAGUAAAGUCUUCGUAUUUUAUCAAGAGGAAUCCAAUUAAAAUUACUGAAAAGAACUAUAGAGACGAGCUCAUUAUUGGUGAUAUGGCGCCUAAGCCUAUCGAAGAACUGGCUGUUUUAGUUGAGGAGGUAUAUGUUCCCAUAUUAUCAAAUACGAAUAAUCACGUUGGAUGGCCAGCUAUAGUCAGUGAAGAUGUGAAGAAACACGUGUACAAUCUUCGAAGUUUAAUCUGCCAGGCUCGUGGAAAAAUGACAGGGCAAACGCUUUUACCAAUGCCGAUGGGAGUAGAACGAAUCUUCGAAGCAGAAUGGCUAGUACAGCAAACUGCCGGAGAACAGGUCGACUUACAAUUGAAAAGUGAUAUUGAAGGCAUAGUUAUCAAAUGGGCCACGCAAAUCAACGACAUUCUCAGCGAAGAGAGUACUCUUGCAUUCAAUAAUAAUAAUCACCCCCUGCCCAAUGCUGAAAUUGACUUCUGGAGCUUGAGACUUAAAAACAUAGAAUCUAUCUACGAUCAAAUGCGGGACCCUCGGGUGAAAAAGAUGGUGUCCUUAUUGGAAUUAACUGAGAGUCCUUAUUUGCCAUGCUUUAAGACAAUGUUUAAAAAUGUGGUGGCUGCUGUAAUAGAAGCCCGGGAUGUUUGUUUAUAUCUCAAGCCACUGCAGUCUUACUUUGAUCAAAUUGAAAGUAUGGACUUUAAUGAUAUAGAGCCAAAACUAAAAUCUAUGUUGCAUUGCAUUUGUCUAACUUGGGCUAACUCGAGAUAUUAUUGUACCACAACUCGGAUCAUUACACUGUUGAGCGAAGUUUCAAAUCUGUUGAUAGCUACGGCCAGUCGAUCAUUAGAUCCCACGUCACUUUUUCAAGGUGACAUAGAUGACAAUUUGAAAAAAAUAGUGCGAACGAUUGCAAUCAUCGGAAAUUACGUAGAAACGUUUGAAAGUUUUCGUGAGAAGGUAGAAAGUUAUUUUAAACCACCAGCAGAACCAAUUUUGUGGACGUUUCAUCAGAAACUUAUUUUCGGAAGAUUAUUUGCUUUCUGUGCACGAUUGAAAGAAAUCAAGGUGUUGUUUGAAAUUUCUCAAGAAUAUUCAAAGCUGGAAAGAAUAGAGAUUUCUGGACUAAAGGGAAAAGUAUUGUGUGCAAGUGCUUACGAUGUAUAUGAAGAGUUUAUGAAGAUCCACAGUGAAUUUUCUGGUGUGCAGUAUGAAAUUUUGGUACCGGAAGACACUGGCUUUACUGGAGAUAUGAAAAUUUUUUUAAAAAAGGUAUUGUUUGAUGAAAACUUUGGAAGACGAAAGAAAACUGGUUAUAUGCACGUUGAUCAAUACUUUCCUCCAGUUGCUGGGGCUUUGUGCUGUUUAUUAAAACUUAAAAAUCGAAUUGAAUAUCCAAUAGAAUGCACAACACUUAUUGAUCAUCCAUUAUUAGCUAGUCAAAGUGCUCGUGAGCUUAAAAAUAAACAUGAAGAAUUAGAGGCUCUACUGGAUGCUGCAGAUCAAGCGAUAUUUGAGGAAUGGGCAACAACAGCUCCAGAAACUUGUAUGGUAAACUUGGCUAAAACUCUGCUCACUAUUCUAGAGGAUAGAUUGUUGGAGUUGAAUUUUUCUCCGGAAUUAGUAGCUGUCCUAAGAGAGACUCGUUAUAUGAUAAUCAUGCAAAGGUCAGAUCUGCCAGCCGAAGCCAUGGAUCUAUUCUCCAGAACUCAGUAUUUCUUUCAGAUCAAUUAUAACUUGAAUCUUAUUAUCAAUUGGUAUAAUAGAAUAAGAAGUUUUAGCACGCCUGUGGAGUUUGAUCUGGUUAGAGAUGAAAUUGACAAUAUUGAUGCAUUAAUAGAUAAAGGUCAACAGAAUUACAAUUGGAAUUCGCCUGAAGUCCCAGAGUAUAUUGAAACGCUACUUUACUUUGUGAAAAAAUUGCAUACUCGUGUGUUUCAAGCUCAAGAGAAUGUUGCAAAACUCAAGAAACUGAUUUACUCCUGGGCAAUGAUGCCAGUUUUAGAUCGUAAGGAUCUGAAAGAUGAAAAUUUACUUGCAAUAGGGGAAAGAGAAGAACGCUUUGAAAAACGGUUUGCAGACAUAGCAGCAGCCGCUGCAGAAAUUGAUCGUGUAUUAGAUGAGAAUUACUGUUUAUUUUUUGAUCUUUUACCUGAGUCUGAAUAUGCUAAAGAUGAUUCUGAACUCGAACAAGCUAAAGAUGACGGUAAACCAGAAAAUGGACCUGAUGAAGUACAUGAAGGCGAGGGUUUAAUAGACGGUGAAGGAGCUGAUGGAACAGAAGGAGUUCCAGGUAGAGAAAAGUCGAGAAAAAGCAUUGUCAAAUCAGGCGCCAUUGAGAGAAGUACUGAACAAAUUGCUGGGGAAGGAGAUGACAAGAAAAAGGAGAAAGUUGGAGAUCCUGAAUCAUCUCUCUCGGAAGAUCAAAAAAAAGAAGAAGCAGUCGCCAAACGUGCUGCAAUCAGUGACGAGAAUGGAGAGAAAUGGGCACCAUAUGUUACGUAUAUCGAUGACUUGGUAUCAAAGGGGCUAAUACAGGCUGUGUCUACAAGCAUAUGUUACAUACUUGAUGAGACGGAUCCUGAGGCAAAUAUCUGGCCUCUGUUUGAAGUGCAACUUCAGUUACAAGUUCCCGACAUUAAUUUUCAACCACCUCUUGAACUUGAAGAUCCAAAAGGUUUUUACGUCUUUUAUGAAGAAUUAAUGUUCGAUAUGAUGAAAAUGGGGACACUGAUACCACGUAUCGAUCCUCAAAAAGCUGAGGAGCGUGAGCAUUAUGGGUUCGACAUGGCAGAAGAAGAAGGUAUAAUAUUUAUGCUGGAGGAGACGUGUAAUCGAGUGAAGUUGGCACUUGGACAAGCUAUCGAGUACACAGUAGAAUUUGAACCAUAUUAUUGGCUGUGGAUGGACGAUCGCCAAGAAUAUUUGGACUUAUUUUUGCGUUUUUCUCGAAAUCUUACUGAAGACGAAAAGGCUCUAGUUAUGCAAGCACCUGAAAAUUUAUCUGAAUUUAUCAAGGAAAAAAAACCAGAAUUAAGUGACUUCAAGAGGGAAAUAGAUUACUUUAUGGGUCUUUAUAAAAUAUGUGAUCAAAUUAAAAACGAAAAAGUAUUCUAUCGCUGGUUUCGAGUUGAUGUGAAGCCCUUCAAGCAGGCACUACUCAACACUAUUUGCAAGUGGGCCAACUUGUUUAAGAUAUACUUGGUGAAUCGAGUAAAUAAUGAUUUGUCCGGGUUGUCGGGAUUCCUCAAUGCAGCCUAUACGAGAUUUACUCAACCAGUCUUAGAAGAUGACUAUGAUGACCUGCUACAAACUAUUUAUUAUUUAAAAGAAGUGAGGGAACGACAAUAUGAGAUCGACGAUAUGUUUGUUCCUUGCAAGGAAACUAUAGAUCUUUUAAAACUGUACGAUGUUGAGUUUAACGAUACUACUUAUCACGCGCUCGCAGAAUUACCUGAAUUAUGGGCUACAAUUAAGAAACUAGCUACGCAAGUGAAACAAGUAGUGGCGCCACUUUUAGCUCACCAGAUAGAUCUUUUAAAAAAACGUAUGAGCUACUUUGACUUCAGGCAGCAGAGAUAUUUGAACAAUUUUCACAAUAAGGAGAUAUUUGGCUUCUCUUGUCAGGAUGUAUAUCAGAAGUUGAAUACCAUAAAUGAAGAAAUUAUGACUUUAGAAAAUGAAUUGAAAACUCUAACAGAAACGUCAAUCAUAUUUGAACAACAAGUUCCCGACUUUAAGCAUAUAAAAUUGGCUAGAAAAGAACUGAAAAUGCUGAAGUGUAUAUGGGAUUACAUAUUCAUCAUCAGAACAAGCUUAGACGAAUGGAAAAUGACUGUUUGGAAAAAGAUAGAUGUUGAAGGGAUGGAUCAAGAGUGUAAAAAGCUCACAAAAGAGUUGAGAUUGUUGGAUAAGGACAUAAGGGCUUGGGAAGUGUACUCACUGAUAGAAGCAUCGAUUAAAAACAUGAUGUCGUCAUUGCGAGCUGUUUCAGAGCUCCAAAAUCCAGCAAUAAGAGAUAGACAUUGGCAAGAACUUAUGGCUGAAACCAAGGUACGAUUUACAAUGGAUGAUAAAACGACUCUAGAUGAUUUAUUGAAAUUAGAACUUCAUAAAUAUGAAGAAGAAGUCAAAAAUGUAGUUGACAAAGCAGUUAAGGAAAUGGCUAUGGAGAAGACAUUGAAGGAAUUGCAUAAUACUUGGGCUGGUCUUGAAUUUGAGAAAGAAAUACAUGAGAGAACUAAACUUAAUGUUCUAAAGAUCAGUGAAGACACUAUUGUUAUACUUGAAGAUAAUCAGGUGCAACUCCAAAACAUGCUUGGAUCUAAAUAUGUAGGAUAUUUUCUAGAUGAAGUUAGUGAUUGGCAACAUAAGCUAAGCAAUGCAGAUGCAGUGAUUAAUAUUUGGUUUGAAGUCCAACGUGCUUGGAUGCAUUUAGAAAGCAUUUUCAUCGGAUCCGAAGAUAUUCGUAAUCAACUGCCUGAAGAUUCAAAACGUUUUGAAAAAAUCGAUCGAGAUUUCAAAGAAUUAUUGAGAGACACUUUAUCUACAAUGAACAUAGUCCGAGCGACUAAUAAACCGAAGCUUCUAGAUCGCCUAGAAGAGAUAGAGAAACAAUUAAAUUUAUGUGAAAAAGCUCUGGCAGAUUACUUGGAAACUAAGAGAUUGGCUUACCCAAGAUUUUACUUUGUUUCACCAGCUGAUCUUUUAGAUAUUCUCAGCAACGGAAAUAAUCCGGAGCUGGUAUGUAAGCACUUGACAAAAUUAUAUGAUUCGGUGGCAAAAUUAAGGUGGAAAACUGACAGUGAUAGAUCCAGCAAGAUUGCAAAUGGUAUGUGGGCUAAAGAUGGAGAGUUCAUGGAAAUGUAUGGGACAUGCGAUUGCAAUGGCAAGGUGGAAGUCUGGUUGAAUCGAGUAACAGAUGCUAUGAGAAAGAGCGUGCGCUUUCAUUUCAGUCGAGCUGUGGUUUCUUAUGAUGAAAAGCCACGUGAAAGUUGGAUCUUUGACUAUGAAGCACAACCUGCUCUUUGCGGUACUCAAAUUUGGUGGACAACAGAAGUCAAUAUGGCUUUUGCCAGACUAGAAGAGGGAUUUGAAAACUCCUUGAAGGAUUAUCAAAAAAAACAAGUUACUCAAUUGAGCUUAUUAAUUUCAAUUCUUUGUGGUGAUUUAAGUGAAAAUGAUCGACAAAAGAUCAUGACUAUCUGUACGAUAGAUGUCCAUGCACGAGAUGUUGUUGCUAAGUUGAUUUCAAUGAAGGCAGAAAGUUCGUACAGCUUUCAAUGGCAGUCUCAGCUGCGGCACAGGUGGGACGACAAGCUAGGAGAUUGUUUUGCUAACAUUUGUGAUGCAUGCUUUCAAUAUGGGUAUGAAUAUUUGGGAAAUGUCCCACGCCUUGUUAUUACACCCCUCACAGAUAGGUGUUACAUAACAUUGACACAAUCUCUUCAUUUGAUAAUGGGAGGGGCGCCUGCUGGUCCAGCAGGAACAGGAAAAACUGAAACAACGAAAGACUUGGGUCGCGCCUUAGGUCAAAUGGUGUAUGUUUUCAAUUGCUCUGAACAAAUGGACUACAAGUCGUGUGGUAACAUCUACAAAGGGCUUGCACAAACUGGUGCCUGGGGAUGUUUCGAUGAGUUUAAUAGAAUUUCUGUGGAAGUGUUAUCUGUAGUAGCGGUUCAAGUAAAAUCGGUCUUAGAUGGCAUAAAAAAUAGGAAGCCAAAGUUCUUUUUUUUUGGUGAAGAGCUAAAUCUCAUUGACACUGUGGGAAUGUUCAUCACCAUGAAUCCUGGCUAUGCUGGUAGGACAGAAUUGCCCGAAAAUCUUAAGACAUUAUUCAGGCCUUGUGCUAUGGUUGUUCCUGAUUUCGAACUUAUUUGUGAAAUUAUGCUGGUAGCUGAAGGAUUUCAAGAGUCUCGACUCUUGGCACGAAAAUUUAUAACGCUAUAUACUUUGUGUCGAGAGUUAUUAUCCAAGCAGGAUCACUAUGAUUGGGGAUUGCGUGCUAUUAAAUCAGUCUUAGUUGUAGCUGGAAAGUUGAAGCGUGGAGACAGACUCAUGCCUGAAGAUCAAGUAUUGAUGAGAGCACUUCGUGAUUUUAAUACUCCAAAAAUUGUAACUGACGAUGUGCCCGUAUUUAUGGGCCUCAUUGGUGACUUAUUUCCGGCGCUAGAUGUGCCGCGCAAAAGAGAUCCUGAUUUUGAAAAAGGGGUUAAAAGCGCAGCCCUGGAUUUAAAAAUGCAACCUGAGGAUGGUUUUGUCCUGAAGGUUGUCCAGUUAGAGGAGUUGUUCAACGUGCGUCAUUCCGUUUUCAUCAUAGGAUUUGCUGGUACAGGAAAAACUCAAGUUUGGAAAACACUGAAUAGAACGUAUUUCAAUCAGAAACGUAAACCAUACUACAAUGACUUGAAUCCAAAGGCUGUUACUAACGAUGAACUCUUUGGAAUCAUUAAUCCAGCGACCAGAGAAUGGAAAGAUGGGUUGUUUUCGGUUCUUAUGCGUGAUCAAGCUAAUAUGCCUGGAGAUGGUCCGAAAUGGAUUGUAUUUGACGGAGAUAUAGAUCCUAUGUGGAUAGAGUCGCUGAAUACUGUUAUGGAUGAUAACAAGGUUUUGACACUGGCUAGCAAUGAGAGAAUUACAUUGACUAAACACAUGCGACUUCUAUUUGAAAUUUCAAACCUGAGAACAGCCACACCCGCCACAGUAUCCAGAGCUGGAAUUUUGUACAUAAAUCCUCAAGAUUUGGGAUGGAAUCCAUAUGUCACGAGUUGGAUAGAAACGCGAGACAACUCGGAGCGAGCGAAUUUAGUGAUACUUUUUGAUAAAUAUAUUCCACCUUUGCUGGAGGUCACCAAAAUGAAACUUAAAAAAAUUACUCCGAUACCGGAAAUAUGUCACUUGCAAAUGUUAUGUACUUUACUUGAUUGCUUACUUGUGAAAGAAAAUGUUCCUCCAGAUUGCCCCAAGGAAUGGUAUGAAAUAUAUUUCGCUUUUGCUUGUAUCUGGGCUUUUGGCUCAGCAAUGUUCCAGGAUCAAUUAAUUGAUUGGAGAAAUGAAUUUAACAAAUGGUGGCUCAAUGAAUUCAAAGCAGUCAAAUUUCCGUCAGGUGGAACUGUUUUCAGUUAUUUUAUAGAUACGGAAACUAAGAAAUUUUUACCUUGGAGUGAAAAAGUCGGCCAGUUUGAACUUGACAUGGAUUUGCCAUUACAGUCUACAUUAGUUCCAACGGGAGAGACGGCUCGAUUACGGUUUUUCAUGGACAUGCUAAUGAAGCAGCGAGUGCCAGUAAUGUUGGUGGGCGGUGCAGGGUCUGGCAAAAGUGUGAUUGUUGCCGAGAAAUUAGCCACACUACCUGAUAAUUAUAAUAUUGCUAAUGUUCCUUUCAAUUUCUAUACAACAUCAGAAAUGUUGCAGAGGAUAUUAGAAAAGCCGUUAGAGAAAAAAACUGGUCGUAAUUACGGCCCUCCGGGUACUAAACUUUUGGUAUACUUUGUUGAUGAUAUGAAUAUGCCAGAAGUUGACACAUAUGGUACUGUGCAACCACAUACUUUGAUACGUCAGCACAUGGACUAUUCUCAUUGGUAUGACCGUGAAAAAUUGACACUAAAAGAUAUUCACAAUACUCAAUAUGUGUCAUGUAUGAAUCCAACUGCUGGUAGUUUUACUAUAGAUCCUAGACUUCAAAGACAUUUUGCAGUAUUUGCUGUCAGUUUUCCAGGUCAAGAUGCGCUGCGACAGAUCUAUAGUCAAAUUUUAGCACAGCAUAUUGCUAACCCACUACAGAAGUUCAAUGUGACUAUUGCUAAAGUAGAAGAAUAUUUGAUAGAAGCUGCUUUAUAUCUUCAUAGUAAAAUGUCAUCCACCUUUCUUCCCACAGCCAUAAAGUUUCACUACAUUUUUAAUUUACGAGAUUUAUCCAAUAUUUUCCAGGGCAUCUUAUUCGCAAAUGGUGAUGCAGUACCAUUCUCGAAUGGUUUACUCAGAUUGUACACUCAUGAAGCAACUCGAGUUUACUGUGACAAAUUAAUUAAUUUUGAAGAUAAGAAGUCUUUUGAUAGUUUAGUUACAGAAGCUCUCAGGAAAAAUAUUCCGGAGUUGGAGGAAUCGACCAUAUUCAAUCCACCUUUGAUUUACUGCCAUUUUGCGGAAGGUAUUGGAGAUCCUAAGUAUAUGCCUAUAAAGGAGUGGCCACAACUUACUAAGUUAUUAGAUGAUGCAUUGGAUAAUUACAAUGAUUUGAUAGCAGCCAUGAAUUUGGUCAUGUUUGAAGAUGCUAUGUACCAUGUAUGUCGGAUAAAUCGGAUAUUAGAAGCCCCCCGAGGGAAUGCAUUGUUGGUUGGAGUUGGGGGGAGUGGAAAACAGUCUUUAUCACGUCUGGCAUCGUUUAUUUCGGGUCUUGAGGUGUUUCAAGUGCAGCUUAGAAAAGGGUACUCCAUGACUGACUUGAAAGCAGACAUAGCUGUGUUGUAUGUCAAAGCAGGAUUGAAGAAUAUCGGGAUAACAUUUUUGAUGACAGAUUCUCAAGUUGCUCAGGAAAAAUUUUUGGUUGUAGUUAAUGACAUGCUGGCUUCAGGAGAAAUAUCUGACUUAUUUGCUGAUGACGAAGUAGAUAAUAUAAUAAAUGGAAUACGAGGGGAGGUCAGGCAAUCUGGCAUCAUGGAUACAAGAGAAAAUUGCUGGAAAUUUUUCAUAAAUCGAGUUCGUAGGCAGCUGAAGUGUGUUCUCUGCUUCUCCCCGGUAGGAGCUACUUUGCGUCAACGAGCAAGGCAAUUUCCUGCUAUUGUCAACUGUACUUCUAUAAAUUGGUUCCAAGAUUGGCCUCAACAGGCUUUAGAAUCAGUGUCCAGCAGAUUUUUACAAGAAUGCGAAGAUCUGCCACAAAAUCUACGUACAUCGGUGUCCCUAUUUAUGUCAUUUGUACAUACUAUUGUAAAUGAAACUUCAAAAGUUUAUCUACAAAACGAAAAACGCUACAACUAUACAACGCCAAAAUCUUUCCUUGAACAAAUUGCCUUAUACUCUAAAUUAUUAGCUUCAAAAACCUAUGACCUAAAUUCUAUGAUUGUUCGUUUGGAAAAUGGUCUGACCAAAUUGGCUAGUUGUGCUAUUCAGGCUGAUGAACUGAAAAUUACGUUGGCUAUCCAAGAAGUGGACUUGAAGAAAAAAAAUGAGAUAGCUGAUAAGAUUUUGGCAGAAGUGCGAGCGGAAAAUACGAAAGCGGAGGUCGAAAAAGCUAUUGCAACCGAGGAAGAGGCAAAUGUUGCAGAAAUAAAAGUAAAAGUUGCUGAAAAACAGAAACGCUGCGACGAAGAUUUAGCUAGAGCAGAACCAGCUAUUCGUCAGGCUGAAGCAGCUCUGGAUACUUUGAAUAAGGGCAAUUUAACGGAGUUGAAAUCAUUUGGCACACCACCGGAUGCAGUAGCAAAUGUUGCUCAGGCUGUGCUUGUCCUAUUUUCUCCAAAAGGAAAUGUGCCUAAAGACAGAAGCUGGAAAGCUUGUAAAAUUAUGAUGGGAGCAGUUGACACAUUUUUAUCAAACUUACGCAAUUACGAUAAGGAAAAUAUUCAACCGGAAGUCGUGAAAGCUAUACAGCCAUACAUAAACGAUAAGGAUUUCGAACCCGAUUUUAUUGCAUCAAAAUCUCAGGCAGCUGCUGGCUUAUGUAGUUGGGUAAAAAAUAUUAUGGUCUUUCAUUAUAUAAAUGAAAACGUCAAACCGUUGAGAGCUGCUCUUGCGCAAGCCAAUGCUGAACUUAAGGCUGCAAUGGAUAAACUGAAUGCGUUGAGGAAUCGCUUGGCUGAGUUGCAAAAAAUGCUGGAUGCCCUUAGUGAAAAAAUGAAUACAGCCUUAAGUGAAAAGCAGAAAUGUCAAGAUGAAGCUGAUGCGACAGCGCUAACGAUCGAUUUGGCCAAUCGAUUAGUGAAUGGCUUGGCAUCUGAGAAAAUUCGCUGGGCUGAGACAGUAAGCUUUUUGAAAAAUUCUGGGAAAACCAUCCCAGGAGAUGUACUGUUGGUGACGGCUUUCAUUUCGUAUGUAGGCUGUUUCACAAAGAAGUAUCGAUUGGAUCUCAUCAAUAUUCAUUGGCUGCCAUUUUUAGAUAAACUAGAGCCAACGAUACCACGAACACCAGAUCUUGAUCCACUUUCUCUAUUGACUGAUGAUGCGCAAAUUGCAGAAUGGAAUAAUGAAGGGUUGCCAAGUGAUCGAAUGUCAUCAGAAAAUGCAACUAUACUUACAAAUUCGUCAAGAUGGCCCUUGAUGAUUGAUCCACAGCUACAAGGAUUGAAAUGGAUUAAAACGAAAUACGGGGAAGAUUUGAAAGUAUUGAGACUAACACAGAGAAAUUAUUUGGAUCGCAUUGAAUGGGCAAUUGCAUCUGGUCAUACUGUGUUGUUAGAAAAUAUCAUGGAAACAGUAGAUGCUGUACUUGAUCCAUUAUUGGGACGUGUUCUUAUUCGGAAGGGAAGAGCAAUCAAGAUUGGAGACAAGGAAGUGGAAUAUAGUCCACUAUUUCGUCUCAUACUACAAACCAAAUUGGCAAAUCCACAUUAUAAACCAGAAAUGCAGGCACAGACUACUCUGAUUAACUUUACAGUUACCAGAGAUGGAUUAGAAGACCAGCUUCUCGGAGAAGUUGUUAAAGCUGAACGUCCAGACUUGGAAAGCACCAAGGCUGAAUUGACGAAACAACAAAAUACAUUCAAAAUUACAUUGAAAUCUCUGGAAGACGAUUUAUUACGGAGAUUGUCAUCAGCAGGCCCAAAUGUACUUAGCGAUACAGCCCUUGUUAUUAACUUGGAGACCACCAAGAAAACUGCGGCAGAAAUUGAAAUAAAAGUCGCCGAGGCGAAAAUAACUGCAGUAAAAAUCGACGAAGCUCGCGAGUGGUAUCGACCCGCAGCAUCUAGAGCCAGUCUUCUAUACUUCAUUCUAAAUGAUUUAAACAAAAUCAACAUGCUGUACCAGUUUUCACUAAAAGCCUUCAGUGUGGUGUUCCAGAAUGCAAUCAGAUUCGCAGAGCCAUGUGAUGUGCUUAUGAAACGUGUAACUUUACUCAUAGAUAGUAUUACAUAUUUGGUCUUCAUGUAUACCAGUCGAGGCUUAUUCGAAAGUGACAAAAUGAUAUUCCUCUGCCAAAUGACCAUACAAAUAUUGCUGCAAAUGAAAGAAAUUCAGCAGGCGGAAUUAGAUUUUCUUCUACGAUUUCCAUAUACUCCGAAUCUAACAAGCCCAGUGGAUUUUUUAAACAACACAAGCUGGGGUGCAAUAAAAUUCUUGAGUGGCAUGGAGGAUUUUAGAAAUCUUGAUAAGGAUAUAGAAGGAGCGGCCAAGAGAUGGAAAAAGUUUGUUGAAUCUGAAACUCCAGAAAGAGAGAAAUUUCCACAAGAGUGGAAAAACAAAUCAGCUCUCCAACGAUUAUGCAUGAUGAGAUGCAUACGGAUUGAUAGAAUGACUUAUGCAGUAAGAUGUUUUGUUGAGGAAAAGCUUGGCCCAAAAUUCGUUGAAUCCAGAGCUCCGCCAUUUGAAAAGUCUUACGAAGAAACCAGUGCAAUUACGCCAGUUUUCUUUAUUCUCUCACCAGGGGUUGACCCUUUGAAGGAUGUUGAAAAGCUGGGAAGAAAACUUGGAUUUACCUUCGAUGGUCGCAAUUUCCACAAUGUGUCGUUAGGUCAAGGCCAGGAACCUGUAGCAGAAGAAGCUAUGGAUAUAGCUGCCUCGAGUGGUCAUUGGGUCAUUCUGCAAAAUGUACAUCUUGUUAAAAGUUGGUUAGCAAGUUUGGAGAAAAAAAUGGAACAAGCAGCAGAAGAUCCGCAUCCGGAUUAUCGCUUGUACAUUAGUGCCGAACCAUCGCCUGAUCCUCACGAAUGCAUUAUACCACAAGGUAUAUUGGAAUCCGCUAUAAAAAUUACCAACGAACCUCCAACAGGAAUGCAUGCUAACAUCCACAAAGCACUAGAUAAUUUUAAUCAAGAAACCUUAGACUCAUGCAGCAAAGAAAGUGAAUUCAAAGCUAUAUUAUUUGCACUAUGCUAUUACCAUGCUGUAGUGGCAGAACGAAGAAAGUUUGGACCACAAGGAUGGAAUAGGUCAUAUCCCUUCAAUGUAGGCGACCUCACAAUAAGUGUUUCAGUCCUACUGAAUUAUUUGGAAAAUAACAAUAAAGUACCCUGGGAAGAUCUUCGAUAUCUUUUUGGGGAAAUCAUGUACGGUGGUCACAUCACAGAUGAUUGGGAUCGGAGAUUGUGCCGCACCUAUUUGCUUGAAUAUUUACAGCCAGAAUUGGUAGAAGGAGACCUUUAUAUGGCACCAGGCUUCUUAGUGCCUCCCAAUUCCGAUUAUAAGACUUAUCAUCAAUACCUGGAUGAAUAUUUACCUCCAGAGAGCCCAGUUCUGUAUGGCUUACAUCCAAAUGCAGAAAUAGGAUUUCUGACAACAACUUCAGAGACCUUAUUCAGAACAAUAUUGGAGAUGCAGCCAAGAGAUACAGGCGAGGCUACAGGUCCAGGUUUGUCGCGCGAAGAAAAGGUCAGAGGAAUAAUAGAAGAUUUAUUAGAUAAACUCCCUGAAGAGUUCAACAUCCCUGAAUUAAUGAGUAGGGUAGAAGAUCGUACUCCUUUCAUUAUCGUAGCGUUCCAAGAAUGUGAACGGAUGAAUAUACUUUGCGGAGAGCUCAGGAGAUCCCUUCGUGAGCUUGAGCUUGGUUUGAAGGGUGAAUUAACGAUCAAUAGCGACAUGGAAAAUUUGCAAAACGACCUGUUUGUGGAUCAAGUUCCCCAAAGCUGGACGAAACGUGCUUAUCCUUCUAGUCUGGGUUUGACAAACUGGUUUGCUGAUAUGAUGAACAGAGUCGGGGAAUUAGCAAACUGGACCGCUGAUUUCAACCUUCCAUCUUCAGUGUGGUUAGCCGGAUUUUUCAAUCCGCAAUCAUUUCUAACUGCGAUUAUGCAACAAACGGCUCGUAAGAACGAAUGGCCUCUUGAUAAAAUGUGCCUGCAUUGCGAAGUUACAAAGAAACAGAAAGAAGAAUUCACAGCCCCUCCACGGGAAGGGGCGUACGUGAACAGUCUUUACAUGGAAGGAGCGCGAUGGGAUACUGCUCUUGGUACUAUUGCAGAAUCUCGCUUGAAGGAAUUGUUUCCACAGAUGCCAGUUAUUUUUCUGAAAGCAAUUACACAAGACAAGCAAGAGUUGAAAAAUAUGUAUGAAUGUCCUGUAUACAAAACUAGAGGACGCGGUCCUACGUACGUUUGGACGUUUAAUUUGAAGAGCAAAGAUAAGCCUACAAAAUGGACUCUGGCUGGUGUGGCUAUAAUGCUUCAAAUUUAAUACUUCUAGUAUAAAAGGGUUAUGGAUGUAAUAUUAUGUACAUGGAUAUUAUUAGAUCUAAUAUUCGUAUUAAAAGGUUUUUUUCA